AUGACGGUGGAUCAUACCAUGCCCGUCCAGUGGUGGAGAGAGCCCUUCGGCAUGUUCCAGACCAACCUGCGCGAAAUCGAUGCCGACAUGGACGUGGACCAGGUCGCCGACUUCAUCCUCCAACACGGCGCCACCGCCUGGCUCACCAGCGUCGGCGGCAUCCUCGCCAACUACCCCACCGACCUCGACUUCCAGAUCAUCAACCCCCUGCUCCACGACCGCCCCGGCCGCGACCUGAUCCAGGACACCCUCGACGCCGCGCGCGCCCGCGGAAUCCGCCUCCUGGGCCGCAUGGACUUCUCCAAGGUGCAGCGCCCCGUCGCCGAAGCUCACCCGGAGUGGCUCUACCUCUCGCCCAACAACACCUGGCAGACCCACACCAACGACCUCGUCUCCGUCUGCCCCUCGGGGGCCUGGUACCAGGAGCGCGUCUUCGACAUCAUGGACGAGGUCAUGUCGCGCUACCCGCUCGACGGCUUCUUCAUCAACUGGGCGGGGUACAACGAGAACGACUACUACCGCAUCUACCACGGCGUGUGCCACUGCGACAGUUGCCGCCGCCGCUGGGCCGACUACACCGGCACUGGCGACGACGCCAAGGACCUGCCCGACGGGCCCUGGAACGGCACGCUGUACGACGAGUGGAAGGUCUUCAGCAACGGCGUCAUCGACGAGUGGACGGCCCGCGUGCGCGACUUCAUCGCCGACCGCCUGCCCCACGCGGCGCUCAUGCUGGGCGAGAGCGCCGACAUUAUGUUCUACGAGGCCAACAACGCCGUCGACCGCGAGGUCUGGCACCACGCCACCUCGGAGACCGCGAGCCGGUUUGUCUCCUUCCGCCCGGACGUGCCCGUCCUUGUCAACUCGGCUUCGUUCCUCGACCACGCGUACCGCCUCACCUCGGAGGAGCCCGAGCACUACGCGCAGUUCCACCUGCAGGCCAUCUCGCGCGGCGCGAACCCUUCGACGUACAUCCUCGGCGUGCCGGGGCGCGUCCCCUGGGACGGCAUGGAGAUGGCGGGGGACAUGAUGCGCUUCCACCGUCGCCACCGUGACGUCUACGCCGGCCUGCGGCCUGUGGCUACGACGGCGCUCGUGCUGCCCGAGGGUCGCCAGAUGGAGGAUGCGCAGUACGACGGGUCGCUGUCCGAGUUUAAGGGUCUUUACAAGGCGUUGCAGGAGCUUCACGUCCCGUUUGACGUGUUGUCGCAGCGCUACAUCCCGGGGACGGCCGAGAACGGCGGGUUGCAGCGGUAUGAGACCAUUGUCGUGCCCAACAUGGGCCGUAUCGCCGACCGGGACGCUCGUAUCUUGGACGAAUGGGUUGCGGGAGGAGGCACCCUCGUCGUGACGGGGGCGAUUGGCGUGGAAGCCGAAGCCGAAGCCGAAGCCGAAGCCGGAGCCGAAGCCGAAAACGACAGCGACAGCGACAACGACAACGGAAGAGAAAGAAACCCAAGACAAAACACCGGCGCAAAGCCACAGCUCGACUCCCUCCCCGUAGCCCACCAAACCAACUUCACAACCGAGUUCCGAGACCUCUGGUCCCUCUACAUGGCGCCCGAGCAGGACGAAACCGGACACCACCGCUACCAAGGCCCCAUCGUCCCCCUGCUGCACACCUACGGGCAGUACGCCUGGAAAGACGGCGCGCAAGGGCGGUGGAAGAAACUCGACUUCGCCCCCUUCGCGCCGCCCGAGUACAUCUACGGCAACGUGCAGGUCGACGAGCGCGGGGCCGGGUUCGCCUCCUUUGGCGACGGAAACGCCGUGCUCUUCACUUUCCCCGUUGGGAGGGGAUACCGCGAGACGGGGCUGAGCUGUUUUCGGACGUAUUUCCGCGUGGUGCUUGACGAGGUGGCUGGCGGGGAGCGGAGGGGGCCUUUUACCUUUGACCUGUCGUCGCAGGUCGAGGUUACCGUGAACAGGAACAGGGAGGGACAGACGGUUGUUCAUUUGAUCAACUUGUCGGGGAUUCGGCAUCAGAACUUUGGGGAGCGGUUGCCCAUCCCUGGUAGCUCCAUCAGGCUUUCCGAGACGGCGAGGGAGGGCGCCAGGGCUCGGACGUUGGUGACGGGGCUUGAGUUGGAGAUGGAGGAGGAUGGGACGGUUCGGGUUCCUGGGUUUGAGCUGUUUGAGGUUGUUGUCUUUGAGGGGAUUUGA